AUGCCCGGAAUUGACGCGACCUUGCCCAUGCGAGCCCUGCCAGUGUCGAAUGUUGAUCCUUUUUGGGGAGCCAACGGGCAGUUCACGGGUUACGAAUUCGACUCCAUGGAAUUUUCUUCACUGUUGACACCAUUCCUGGAGACCCUAGAUGGCCUUGCUGGAGUCGACGACUUUUCCUCCUGUAGUCCAUCAGGCACUGACGCCUCCGAGAAUCUCGAAUCACAAAGAGAUGACCAGAUGCAAGGUAUCUCAAGCCAAGUUGACCCCGGCAUGAUCUCGGUGCACCGAGCAUCGAGGACCAUCGAAUCGCCGAAGGUCCCUUCACCAAACGAGGUGACUAGUUCACUCGAUGACCUUUUGCUUCAGUACGACCAAGAGUUCUGCGUACUCCCACUGACAUCUGAUUUUGACGCCAACCCUUUCAGAUGCGGGUCCUUGAAGUGGAAGAAAUCCGAUAUUCUCCUCCACUCGAUUCUCGCAUUAUCCUAUCGGCAUAUCAAUAGGGUCACAGGGAAGUGUGGAAGAGAAGCUAGCCAGCACAAAACGACUGCUUUAAAAAUGCUUGAAGAGAGGCAAAGGAGUGGACAUACUCAGAGUGCAGAGAAUGGCCUUCUUGAAGCGGUCCUCAUUUUAUUCACUCUCAACUGCUCUUUAUCCGCGUACGGCUCGUGGACGUCGCAGCUUCACGCUGCACAUCGGGUUCUCACAACAUUUGAUAAGUCUGGAGGACAACGAACGCCUAGAGUAGAGGCUCAGAUUUCAAUGCUCAUUUGGUGGGACGUGACUUUAGCUCUGACAACACGAAAGGGUUGCGUCCUACCUCACACAUAUCAUUCCAAUUUGCACUAUCAGACUCCCGAUAAUGAAAAGGCAUUCUACAACGUAUCUGGCUGUCCUGAAGAGCUCUUCGGAUACAUGACACGUCUAGCAAUGUACGCAAGAGAAUUCGAGCUCGCCACCACGAUGACAUGCGUUACGUUUGAUACAGGUCCUGUCCUGUCGGUGGAGCAAGCUAUCAAAGACUGGAGGGCACCGGCAUAUUCGGACUGCAUUGAUAUCGAAACUUUGGAGAACGAUGGCUCCCAAAACGUGGAUCAGCAGGAGAUUGAAGAAGCAUUGAACUACAAGCAAGAUUUACACCACUGCGCCGAAGCGUGGAGAUAUGCUCUGCUUCUUUACAUUGAGAGAGUAUUCAAAUGGGACCGGAAAUCUACUUCCCUUCCAGUUUUAGUUUUGCUGGCCCGAAAAGCUCUCAACCAUGUGAGCUCGUGCCGGCGUGGCACCAUGCUGCAAAAGCAACUCCUGCUCCCAACAUUCUUGGCAGGGUGUGAAACAACGAAUCUGGAGCUGAGAGAACAGGCGAAGCAGUAUUGCGAGUGGUGGAAUGAUAAGACAAGGUAUGACAUGUUCUUGACAGCUGCCGCUUUUCUCGAGGAAGUAUGGGCAAAAUAUGGAACCGGAAGUUGGUGGGGGUCUAUCAUGGACGAGAAGUGUCAGCCAGGGGCACAUGGAUACACGCAAAAUCAGUAUCUUCUAGGAUAA